AUGAUGGAGAUGAGUAGUAUAUGGCAGAGGGUGAAACCAGAUGUGGUAAUGGUGUUAGUACAGAUUGCAUUUGCUGUGUUGACUAUAUUAUACAAACUUGCAAUAAAUGAUGGAAUGAGUUUGAGAGUUGCCGCAGCUUAUCGUCUCAUUUGUGCAUCCGCUUUCACUAUUCCAAUUGCUCUUUUCUCUGAUAGGAAGAAGAGAGCAAAAAUUACUUGGAGUGUGCUUUCUAAGACAUUUUUAUGUGGAUUGUUUGGGGGAAGUUUGUAUCUAAACCUUUACCUCGAGGCUCUUGCUUUAACAUCAGCAACGUUUAUGUUGGUGGUCUUCAACCUAAUUCCAGCCAUUACCUUCAUCAUGGCUGUAUGCUUCGGAAUGGAUAAAUUUAAUUUAAGGGUAGCAGAAGGAAAGGCGAAAGUGAUAGGAACAAUAAUGGGAAUGAGUGGUGCAAUGUUGAUGAUUUUUUUCAAAGGUGCUGAAAUUCACAUUUGGUCCUCCAAUAUCAACCUUUUUCAUCCACAUCACAUCUCAAAUGAGCAAAUGGCAACUCACCAUGCUAACUUUGGUACGAAAUUGUUGGGUAUUUCAUGUGCACUAGCAAGCAGUUGCUCUUUCUCAUUGUGGUAUAUUAUUCAGGCUAAGUUGAAUAAGGAAUACUCGAGUCAUCGCUCAAGUGCGGCUUUAAUGGCCAUAAUGGGAGCUAUUCAAGCAACUGUUAUUGCUCUUUGUGUUGAAAGGGAUUGGGAACAAUGGAAGCUACCAAAUAACCUUAGGAUUCUUGCCGUUAUUUAUCCGGGAAUUGUGGCCUCUGGAUUAGUUGUGAUCGCUAUGGCCUGGUGCAUAAAGAUGAGAGGCCCUGUAUUUGCGUCUAUUUUCAGUCCUUUACAGCUUUUACUUGUAGUUAUAGCUGCUUAUUUCAUGUUGGAUGAGAAAUUAUACUUGGGAAGCAUGCUUGGAGCAAUUGUGAUUGUGUUCGGUCUUUAUGCGGUACUUUGGGGUCAAAGCAAAGAAAUGAAAAAUAAAAUGAAGGUAUUAGAAAUCACAAGUAUGCCUGAAAACGAUGAGCUUGUCGUUAUUUCCACACCUGUUGUUUCCCAUGACAGAAUCGUCCAAACCUGCCAGAGUUCAGCCAUUACUAAAGAGAAUGUUGUCAAUGUUCAGUGA